UCCUCACCGCCGUCGCUGCGCGCGCACCCACCUCCUCCUCCCGGCGGCGGCGAGCAGAGGGAUCAGUGCGCGCUGCGCUGCUGUGCCGGUCCUGGGUCCCGUGUGUGUGUGUGAGGAGACGGAGAAGCCGGAGCCGCCUCAGCCUUCCCGCAGCGUGUCAGGGGGGUGGGAGGGGGGAGGGAACGGACGGACUGUCACUCUCCCGGGCCCCGCCACCGUGCCGCCUUGCUGUGAGUGCCCGCCAGAGGGGACGGAGCCCCCCGGGGGACGAUGAGCAUCGAGAUCCCGCCCGGCCUGACGGAGCUACUGCAGGGCUACACGGUAGAGGUGCUCCGCCAGAGGCCGCAGGACCUGGUUGAGUUCGCCGUGCACUACUUCACCCGCCUGAAGGAGAACCGGCUGCAGGAUGGCGCCGGGGCCGCCGCGGCUCCCCGGCCUCACGUCCGCGGGGUCAACUUCGAUGGGGAGCCCAUGCAGACAGAGUCCAACGGGGAGGAGGAGGACGAGGACUCGGACGAAUCCGACUUUGAACCUCCUGUCAUCAAUAGAUUCAAUCGAAGGGUGUCUGUAUGCGCUGAAGCCUUUAACCCAGAUGAAGAUGAUGAUGACACAGAGCCUCGGGUAGUUCAUCCGAAAUCAGACGAGCAGCGGUGUAGGCUGCAAGAAGCCUGCAAAGAUAUUUUACUCUUUAAAAACCUUGACCAGGAACAGUUGUCUCAGGUUCUUGACGCAAUGUUUGAGCUGAGAGUAAAACCUGAGGAGCACGUUAUUGACCAGGGAGAUGAUGGCGAUAACUUCUAUGUUAUUGAACGAGGUGUGUAUGACAUUUUGGUGGCCAGAGAUGGACAGUCCCGCUGUGUGGGAACGUAUGAUAACCAUGGCAGCUUUGGAGAGCUGGCUUUGAUGUACAACACUCCCAGGGCUGCGACUAUUGUUGCCACUACUGACGGAGCACUUUGGGGACUGGACCGAGUCACCUUCAGAAGAAUAAUUCUUAAAAACAAUGCCAGAAAAAGAAAGAUGUACGAGAUCUUUGUAGAAUCUGUGCCCAUCCUGAAGUCCUUAGAGCUUUCUGAGCGAAUGAAAAUUGUUGAUGUAAUAGGAGAAAAGAAUUAUAAGGAUGGUGAUCGCAUUAUUGCACAGGGGGAUAAGGCAGACUGUUUUUUCAUUGUUGAAUCGGGAGAAGUAAAAAUAAUGAUGAAAAGCAAGACGAAGAGCGGCCAAGAAAGUAACCAGGAAGUAGAGAUAACGCGAUGUAGAAGAGGACAGUAUUUUGGAGAACUUGCUCUGGUUACUAACAAGCCCAGAGCCGCAUCUGCAUAUGCAGUGCAGGACGUAAAGUGUUUAGUUAUGGACGUACAAGCCUUUGAACGAUUACUGGGCCCUUGCAUGGACAUUAUGCAGAGAAACAUCACGCAUUAUGAGGAGCAAUUGGUGGCAUUAUUUGGUUCCAGCAUGGACCUUAGAGAUCCAGGAAAGUAGGCACCUUGUUACCUUAGUGCUUUCUCUGUCCAAGACACAGCCAGGCGCCUCCUGUCACGUACGCAGCGCACACAAGGGGGCGCAGAACAGUCACUUCCUGCUGUUGUCUUGGGGGAAUUUUUUUUUCUCUUCUGUUUUUUAGGAAAUGAAUAAAGAAUUCAGCACCAGAGGCCAGGUAGAAAUCCAAUCUAUGCCAUCGGUUUGCUGCUGAGAUCCCGUUAUUAGACCUUCUAAAAAAAAAUAAUAAUAAAAACAUAAUGUGCCUUUCUUUUUAUACUUCCCUGGUUAAGAAUGGCAUACUUUGUGUGAGCGGCUGCUCCGGAGUCUCCGAAGUACACCCAGAAUAAGAUAUUCAUGAAUUUACCACCAUCAUUGACAUCCACUUUCUACAAAAAUGGAAGAAAAAAAACAACUUAGAAUAUAUAGCAAGCUUGACCGCUAAUGAUUGUAUUUUUUAUUUUCUUUCUGAAAAUUUCUGUGUUGCUCCUAAUGAUCAGGAAAGUUUCCUUGUGCUGUAGAAUUCCUUUUUCUUUUUUUCUUUUGUCACGUAAAAACGAAAUGUGUUCUGACUUGAGUAUCCGAUAUUGGUUUCCUGUCUGGAAUUUUUGGUUCUUGUUGAUUAUAACAGCUUAUUAGGGAGAUCAGGAAUGUUCGCUUGAAUUCUGAUUGACCCCUUCAUGCAGUAUAUUUUAAAUUCACAUUUUCUUAGCCUCCUCACCAUACAAAAUUGAGAACCAUGUGAGAUAUAUACCUUACAAUCAGCAUUUUACCAGUCUUUAGGGCCAAACCUCUUUACUAGGAGUAUUUAAACUUAGCCUUACCUUGGCUGUCAUUUAGUCCUGUGUCAUGGCAGCACCUGGGAAGCGUGAAUGAGCAAAUCACUACCUGGGUGGCUUUUCCACCAUUCCCAAUAGCAAAGUAUGUUCCCCCGGUGGUUGGUGUACCAAUUUUGGAAAACUUUUUAACGUGAAACUAUUUAUGCAAAUGCUAUUUUGAUGGCUUGCUCCUAUUCUGGGAUUAUUUAUGUAUGGUACUUUUUUUUUUUUUAAUGCCUAAAUGACAACAAAUUGAUUUUUACACCAAUGUCUGCCCCCCAACUUUUUUUUUUUUUACUGUUACUUUUUUCAUGUAGUGGUUUUGCUAUGGUGAUGUUAAUAAAUGUACGGCAGAGUAACAAAGCUACUGACAGACAUGGCAUUUAAUGACGAGCAUGUUGUGACUGUUACCAUCGCUGGUCUAGUGUGUUGGCGUGAGAGACCCUCAGCGAGAUGUUUCCAGUAUUUCCGAUCAUUUCCUAGCACUUUUUAGACUGUUCUCAGGCUGUAGAAUAUGUGGCAGCUUCCUUGGCUAUUAGAAUGCACUAUUGUGGCUAAUCGUUUUUCAUUUGGCGAUUUGUAUUGGAAAGCUAUUGUGUCCCUGUAUAGCCAUAAUGACCAAAUGAGAGGUUCUAGUUACAGGCAUAGAUUGACAUUUAAUGGGUAACCACUGUACAGUGUAUUGAUUCUUCUCUUGACCCUUUUUAUAGGGCAUUUAACGGAGAUUUGCAUUAGUGGAAAUUGCUGGGGUACGUCUUGCUAUGUGCAGAUACUGCUGCGUGGUUUGGGGUAUUGCUUCUGCCAUCAGUGGCUCUCCCUGCCACCUCAGGAGGAAAUGCCAUGCAUUUAUCCCCUUCUCUGUAGGUACAAUUAUUUGUUGCUAAUGUGCUCCUAGCCCCAGUAUUGACUGCCUCCUUUCCUAUAUUUUAAAUUUAAAUAAAAAUGUUAAAAAGAAAAUAGAUGCAUAUUGUCAGUUGAUGUAAUAAAAUAAAGGGCACAUACAGUAAAUUAUUUUGAUUGUAAAGUACCUCCUGUUUUCUCUUUGCGGGCAGUAUUACCUAUAAUUUUGCUUUAAUUUUUUUUUUUUUUUUUUUUACAAUGCAAAGUUGGCAGUGUUGAUUUUGUAGUAAAAUACAUAAAUAUAUAUAUUAUAUAUUUUCCCACCCACAGAGGUCAUGGUUAAUAUUGAGCCGACAGAAAUAUUUAUUACCUACCAAUGCCUUUACCGCCAGACUAUAUGUGUCUGCCUACGGGGGGGGGGGGGGGAGGGGGUUUCAGCAAUGUUUUUUUGUGCGUUUUUGUUUUCCCCACCUUUUGCAAUGUCCAGUGACAAGCAAAUUAUGAAUCAAUUAGGCCGCGUGAUGGUUAAACCGAAGCCAGAGAGAGAGGUUUAAUAAGAGAGCUCAGCAGCAAAGUGUCUAAUGCAGCAAAGUCUGGUGAGACGUUUGGGGAUUUUACUUACCUUUUGUAGCCUUGCUUUGUAGUCGUGCUGUUGGUGAGAGGAGCAUUUUCUAAUGGUCACAAGCAUCCUGGCCGACCGUAGUUCUGUUUUUUUAUGUCACAGCACAAAUUUCACAUUUUAAAAGUUAUAUAUAUAUAUACAAAUUGCUCUUGUUAAAACACACAACUGUUCUGCACAGUUAAACAAAAAACAAAAAAAACUAAACAAAAAAAAUCUUUGAAUGUCACCUUCCAUUAUUUUCCUCUGUUUCCAGUUGAACGUGUGAUUUCUGUUACUGACGUGUACGUAAAGAUUUGCCAAAAUGUUUUUUUUUUUAACUCCACUUUUUUUUUAUUUUUUUUAUUCAAAUACUCCAUUAGUCGGCAGAAGAUCUUGCAUCCUUCAUGCUGCAGGAUUUCUAGGUUUUAUUUUCUUGUGUUGUCACAUGCAUCCUUUUUCUUUUUCCUUGAGGCCUUCCUUUUGGUUUAUACAGAUAAUGUUUUAUUUCAUGCUACAGGGCUAUGUUGAGGAAUGCCUGAGAUGCCCUUAGUCUCGCGCAGUCCGGUGUGCGUUAAAGGCGCACAUGUUUUUACCCCGUUUGCUUAUACCAACACAAAUGUAUUUCUGACUGAAAGAAGCUACCUCAAGGUGUUAAGUGCUUUGCAGAUCUUUCACCUGUACCCCCCCUUCUACGUGUUACUACUGGUUCUCUUUGUUAUAUUGAAAUGCGUUUGUCACUUACACUCAGCGGAGAUAGUUAUUUAGUGUGCUGAAGCAUUCUACAUCGGAGACACGUGAGAUCGUGUCACUAGCUCCCUAGGGAAUUGACGGAUGGAUCCUUCAUCCUUAAUAAGGCUACCAGCCCGCCGAAUGACAGCGUGCUCUGGUUGUAGGUGACAAGUGCACAACGCAACUAUUGUUUCUGUCUUUUGAUUGGUAUUCCCCUGUUCUUUGACACUCCAACAGUAUUUACAGAAGCAGGGAGUACACAGUCAGUCUUGACCUCCCUGCAACAUUACACCGAUAGACUCCUUCCAGCGGGAUUUCAAAUAUUUAAACUGAUGUUUUAUUAAUAAAUGACGAGAUUAUUAUCUA